AUGGCUGAUCUGGCCGCAAUCGUAUCAGGGAUUGCAGAGUUGCUUUCAGAGCGAGGUGCCGACAUCAACACACUAGAUGAAGAGUAUCACAAUACACUAUUGUUAGAACGCCAGAUGCUGCUGGAUCGAGGUGCCAACGUCAACGCUCAAGGUGGAGAGUACAUCAAUGCACUGCAGGCCGCCUCAAUUCAUAAAAAAAUAGUGCAGAUGCUGCUGGAUCGAGGCGGCGAUGUCAACACCCAAGGUGGAGUUUAUAGCCUUGUACUCCAAGCCGCAUCAUCCAGAGGCCAUGAAAAGGUGGUUCAGUUGCUGUUGGAUCAAGGCGUCAACGUCAACGCCCAAGGUGGAGUUUAUGGCAAUGCACUCCAAGCCGCAUUGUUCGGAGGCCAUGAGAAGGUGGUACAGAUGCUGCUAGAUCGAGGUGCUGACGUCAACGCCCAAGGUGGACUUUAUGACAAUGCACUCCAAGCCGCAUCAUCCGAAGGCCAUGAGAAGGUGGUGCAGAUUUUGCUAGAUCGAGGUGUCGACGUCAACGCCCAAGGUGGAGCUUAUGGCAAUGCAUUCCUAGCCGCAUUAUCCAGAGGUCAUGAAAAGAUGGUGCAGAUGCUGCUAGAUCGAGGUGCCGACGUCAACGCUCAGGGUGGGCAGCAUGGCAAUGCCCUCCAGGCCGCAGCAUCUGGAGGCCACGAAAAGAUAGUGCAAAUGCUGCUAGAUCGAGGUGCCGACGUCAAUGCCCAAGCUGCACUGUACGGCAAUGCACUCCACGCCGCAUCAUCCAGUGGCCAUGAAAAGAUAGUGCAGACGUUGGUGGAUCAAGGCGCCGAUGUCAACGCUCAGGGUGGGCGGUAUAGCAAUGCCCUCCAGGCCGCAGCAUCUAGAGGCCAUGAAAAGGUAGUGCAAAUGCUGCUAGAUCGAGGUGCCGACGUCAAUGCCCAAGCUGUACUGUACGGCAAUGCACUCCAAGCCGCAUCAUCCAGAGGCCAUGAAAAGAUAGUGCAGACGUUGGUGGAUCAAGGCGCCAAUGUCAACGCCCAAGGUGGACAUUAUGGCAGUGCACUCCAAGCCGCAUUAUCCGGAGGCCAUGAAAAGAUAGUGCAGAUGCUGCUAGAUCGAGGUGCCGAAAUUAAUGUUGAUAAAGAACUCAGGCGUGCUUAG